AUGGUGGUCAAUGGUUUCGUGAACGUGGUCAUCACAACCAUCGAGAAGAGGUUCGGGUUGCGUUCCAUGCAGACCGGUGUUAUCGCUGGAGGGUAUGACAUGGCGUCUUUCGCGUGUUUAGCACCAGUGACGUACUUGGGUGGGAGGAGUGGGUCCUCGAAGCCCCGCUGGCUCGGCUGGGGAGUGCUCCUCAUGGGCAUAGGGUCGCUCCUCUUCGCGUUACCGCACUUCCUCGUCUCGCCGUACAGGUUGGCAGGAGAAGAGCCUGACGACCUGUGCUCUUAUAACAGAACUGUGUCAACAAGAUGCCAAGAUACCACAUCAUCAGAAGGCGGCUCCUGGGCUGUGGCGGUGUUUGUCUUCGCGCAGCUCCUGCACGGUGCUGGCGCCACCCCACUGUUCACCCUCGGCGUCACCUACAUAGACGAGAACGUCUCUAAGAAGAUGUCCUCAGUCUAUUUGGGAGUGUACUACACUAUGGCAGUGGUCGGUCCAGCAGUGGGCUACGUCCUUGGUGGCCAGAUACUCAACAUAUACACGGAUUUCCUCACUGUCGACUCAGAAACUAUGGGCAUAACACCUCUAAGCUCGGUGUGGAUCGGCGCGUGGUGGGUGGGAUUCAUCUUCUCGGCGGUGCUGUGUCUCAUCGUAGCAAUACCAUUGCUAGCAUUCCCACACGAGUUGCCAGGUGCAGAAGAAAUCCGGGCUUCCAAAGUAUCUGAAGCACAUGAAGGUGCAGCGACCAAGUCCGCUGCAUUCAGCGCUUUACGCGAGCUGCCGCGCGCCGCUGCAGCACUGCUUCGAAACCCCACGUUCCUGUUCCUCAAUCUAGCUGGAGCCAGCGAGGGCAUGCUCAUAUCGGGCUUCGCUGCGUUCCUUCCGAAGCUUAUUGAAAACCAGUUUGCAGUUAGUGCGUCAGAGGCAGCUCUACUUUUAGGUGUGAUCACGGUGCCAGCUGGCGGCGGAGGCACGUUCCUGGGCGGGUGGCUGGUGAAGCGCUGGCAGCUGGCGUGCGCUGGCAUCAUCAAGUUGUGCGUGGCGGCCACCGUCGUCGCCGCUGUCUUCACCUUCAGCUUCGUGCUCACCUGCGAUGAUUACCCGUUCGCUGGAGUCACUGUCAAGUACAACUCGCCACCGGUCCCCGGCGGCGGUGGUAUGUGUAGCGGCGGUCGCCUGGUGGCGGAGUGCAACGCGGGGUGCGGGUGCGAGGGCGCGGCGUUCGCGCCGGUGUGCGGUGCGGACGCCGCAGUGUACUACUCGCCCUGCCACGCGGGCUGCCGCGCGCGACAGCUGGCCGGCGCCGCGCAGCUCUACCGCCACUGCGGCUGCGUGCGACCGCCCGCCGACCACCCGCUGCCGCUCUACAGCCUCUCGGACGAAACAAACGAUACAAUACCGUACGAGGCUAUCAACAGUAUAUGCAAUACUGGAUGCCCGUACCUCUGGCUGUUCGUGUUCCUCUCGUUCCUCGUGAUGCUGUUCACAUUCCUGGCCACGAUGCCGGCUCUCACUGCGACAUUAAGAUGUGUCCGUGAAGAUCAGAGAUCGUUCGCACUGGGUAUCCAAUGGAUAAAGGUGCGCCUACUAGGGACCAUCCCUGCACCUCUACUAUUCGGCUUCCUCAUCGACCUGUCGUGUUCGCUUUGGGCAAAGACAUGUGACGUCACUGGUGCCUGCCAGCUGUAUGACAACGUCAACAUGAGCAGGUACAUGUUAGGGCUAGCCCUUGUAGGUAAACUCUGUUCAGUCCUGUUCUUCUUCCUUGCGUGGUGGUUCUACCGUCCGCCCGGGGGUAAGACUGCCAACGCAGUAGUACCUUCAGUGGAUCUAGUCGUAUGUGCUGAGAAGACAAACGGUAACCUCGCGAAUGGAACAGCCGCCAAUGGCACAGUGGAAAGAGUCGGUAACGGGUAUUGUAAUGCGGCAUUAGAGUGCAGCGAACAUUUGUAGGUUCGAAUUCAGCAUCCAUAAAUGAACAUAUAUAGGACUUUCUUGUGUUCGUACGUUUAGACAAUAAGACUGUAAUAUUAUGUUGUGUUGUAUAUACAUGUUAUUUGUUUUAUUAUACAAAUAUUUAUUAGUAGAAAAUUGCUGUUGGACCGGUUGUUUUGCAGUAUAUGCUGCAGCUUCCCAAAUGCCACCAAGAUUAGGUACAGUACAGGUAAUUCCUGUAAUUUCUUUUAAAAGCCAUUCCCAAGAAUUACUAACAAACUAGAAGCUUGGUUUGAUCUGUAAUUUAGCACAUUGUUUUGUUAGUAACUAAUAAUGUAGAUAAUAGAUCAGAUUUUAAUAAACCGACAUGGAAGCAUGUUUUAUUCUUUUGAGAAUAAAUUGUGCGUAUGUUUGUAUGUUUUAUAUACACAACAAUCCUGUUAUAAUUAAGUAUUAGGUAUUUGUAUAUAUACAUAAUUAUGUUGUAUAAUGAAUAUGCAUCAAAGUAUUAAGUUCUGGCGAAUUGUAAUGAAUGUAAAAUUGUUGUAUUAUUUCAAAAUGCAUUACUUCUGUUGUAAAUUAUCUGUGAUGUCGUAGUUUAUAAAAUAUAUAGCUAAGAUUGUAUUUAGUAUUAAUUAUAUAUAUUUCGGUCAACCGUUUUAAGACUUAUCAAACGUAGUCUUCUGGAAUGGCAAUCAAGGGCGGAUCCAGUUUUGGCGCUAGGAGGGGGUCACAUAGUCGUGGUCAAGUCAAGAACUUAUAAUUUAAUUUUGGUAAGAAUAGAUACAAGUAAAAAGUAGGUAUUAUAUUAAUGCACGUAAGUACUGUACUUAAAAUAUUAUUCUUUAUUGUACACUUGAAAAACUUAACACAUAAUAACUUGUACAUAUACACGUACAUAUUGCCAUCUUCUCUUGAAGACAUCCAGAGAAGCACUAUUUAAAUAUAAUUAACUAAAUAUUGAAGGUUUGUAGUUACAUAAAAUCUGUAUGGUGACAAAAUAUAUAAAUAAAAUCAUUAUGUUCAAUUAGUGGUCCACCUAAGUCCUAGUCUCAGGAGGGUCAUGACCCCCAUGACUCCCUCCCCCUGUAUCCGCCGUUGAUGGCA